GCACGUGUGGAAACAAAACCCGGGUCCCUUUCGCCCGUCCGGUGCCUCCUCACCGAGCGGUCCGAUCAGCUGCUGCGGUUCGACGGUGUAAUCCGGCGGCUCUCGGCUCCUCAAACCUGCCGCUGAAAUUCAACAUGGAGGGCAGGAAACGACCGUUGGAGGCGGUUCUGACCCCCGAAGACGGCUUCGAGACGCCGGAGAUAAGAGCGUCGCAGCCCCGGCUGCUGUACCCGGACCACACGCGAUGGGGAGUGGAGCAAACGUGUCGGUACCUGCGGGCAGAAGGUCUCGGAGAAUGGGAAGAGGCGUUCAGAGCGCAAAAGAUCACCGGUGUCGGGCUGCAGUAUCUGAAGGACGCUGAUCUGGAGAAGAUGGGCUUGCAGUUCCUCGGUGACCGUCUGAGAGUUCAGCACAGCCUCAGCAAGCUGUGGCUGAGAGAGGCGGAGCCAAAUAAGGUGUUCAACGAUCCCAUCCACGGCCACGUGGAGAUGCACCCUUUGCUCGUCAGAAUCAUCGACACGCCUCAGUUCCAGAGGCUUCGGUACAUCAAGCAGCUCGGGGGGGCCUACUUUGUCUUCCCCGGGGCGUCCCACAACCGCUUCGAACACAGCAUUGGGGUGGGUUACCUGGCGGGGCGACUGGUCCAGGCUCUGAACCAGCGGCAGCCGGACCUCCUCAUCUCCCACAGAGACGCCCUCUGUGUGCAGAUCGCCGGGCUCUGCCACGACCUGGGACACGGGCCCUUCUCCCACAUGUUCGACAACAUGUUCCUCCCCAAAGCGCGUCCGGGAAUCACCUGGAAGCACGAGAAAGCCUCCCUCAACAUGUUCGACUACCUGGUGGCCGACAACCAGCUGAAGCCGGUGAUGGAGCAGCACGGCCUGGUGCUGCCCGAGGACCUGGACUUCAUCAAGGAGCAGAUCGGCGGCCCGGAGGACUCGGAGGCGGCUCGGGACCAGAAGUGGCCGUUCAAAGGUCGCCCAGAAGACAAGUCCUUCCUCUAUGAGAUCGUGGCCAACAAAAUAACUGGCAUCGACGUGGACAAGUGGGACUACUUCGCCAGGGACUGCUACCACCUGGGCAUCCAGAACAACUUCGACUAUCGCCGCUUCCUGAAGUUUGCCAGAGUGUGUGAGGUGGACGGGCAGAAGCGCAUCUGCACAAGAGACAAGGAGGUGAACAACCUGUACGACAUGUUCCACUUGAGGGACUGUCUGCACAGGAGAGCCUACCAGCACAAAGUGGGCAACAUCAUAGAGACCAUGAUCACGGAGGCCUUUUUAAAAGCCGACAAGUACAUCAAGUUCAAAGGCUCGGGAGGGGAGAUGUUCACGCUCUCCACAGCCAUAGAUGACAUGGAGGCCUACACCAAGCUGACAGAUACCGUGUUUGAACGCAUCCUCAACUCCUCCUCCCCGGCGCUGAAGGACUCGAGGGAGAUCCUGCGCAACAUCGUGUGUCGACGCCUCUACAAGUGUGUCGGCCAAACGCAGGCCGACAAACCCAUGAGCGCCACCCGGGAGAAUAUUCUGGGCUGGGAAGCGGCUCUGGCUCGAUCCGUCCUGCAAAGCGGUGCCCAGGACCUCCGUCUGCAGCCGGAGGACUUCUUAGUCAGCGUCAUCUCCAUGGACUACGGGAUGAAGGACAAGAACCCCAUCAACAACGUGCAUUUCUACUGCAAAGACAACCCAAACAUGGCAGUCCAGAUCCGCAAGAACCAGGUGUCUAAACUUCUCCCCGAGCAGUUCGCGGAGCAGCUGAUCCGAGUUUACUGCAAGAAGACGGACGACCGAAGUCUGGAGGCAGCCAAGAAGCUGUUUGUCCAGUGGUGCAUGGACGAGAACUUCUCCAAGCCUCAGAACGGAGACGUAAUCGCACCGCUAUUGACUCCUCUGAAAGCCAGCUGGGUGAACAACAAGGAGGAAGAGAAGGAGGAGGAGGAGGAGGAGGAGGAGGAGGAGGAGGAGGAGGAGGAGAACCGCGCUCACGGUAACGGGCCGAAGAAAGCCAGAAUUAAGCUUUUUAAAUAGUGACGAGUGAACGUUUUAUUUUUCUACAAGUCGCUAGCGAGCGAAGCAAAGAUUAUAAUAUUUUUGUAGCAUAAAAUAAAAGACGCACUGCGCUGCGUUCAGGGCCUUUGCUCAGGUUUUUUUUUUUUACACUCUUUCAUCUUAUACACAAAUUCCCUUUUGUCUGUUUUUAGUUUCAUUAUUUUGAAUCAGGUUUUAUUUGAGAACUCCUCGCGUGCUCUCAGGAACCGAUCAUGUUUCAACGAGUUUCAGGGAGAAUCUUUUUAUUCAGCUUCCAGGGUGCGUUUGUCAUAACUUUUAUAAAUCGGUAUAUACAUCUGCAAUAAAGUUUUUUUUUUAUUUUGAAUGUUUCUACACAUCUAGAAUGUGUGUGUGUGUGUGUGUGUGUGUGUGUAAUUUUUUUUUUUUUUUAGAUGUGUUUUCUGGUGUGAAGCGUGUGUUUACUUUUAUUUAUUGUUCCGAUUCAAAUCUGUGCAUUUGAAUGUUUUCUUUUUUUCUCAUGCCAAAAUAUGAAUAAUCCUCAUCCAACUUGCUUGUUUUUGUUUUUUGUCGAUUUCGUGUGGAAGGAAAUAAUAAUAUCUGUGAAAGAGUGCGAAUGGAAACCGACCGCUGUGUGUACUUUUCCUCCCGGAAGAGGUCGGAAACCUUUUCAAAAUAAAACUCUUUCCUCUC